AUGAGCUCUGGCAAUGGCACCUCUCCCACCACACCUCUCCCUGGGCUUCUGGAGCCAGUGCCACCCAGUGCCACAUCCCCUGAGGUGACAGACUGGCUGCCCAUCAUCGUUGGGCUCGUCUGCAUCUUCCUGGUGCUGGCCACCCUCCUCACCUUUGUCACCCUCUGCAGGCCAGCAGCGCUGGGCCAGUCCUUCUCCAGCCCCCAGGAGUGCCUGCCCCACCACCCUGCGGAUGCCAGCGAGCCCCAGCUGAGGCUCUGGAAGCGUCUGGGCUCCCUGAGGGCCUCCAUCAGCAGCUUCAGGAGGAGCCAGCUGGUGUCCCAGAGCCCGCUGGCCUGUCCCAGGAGCUUCUCCAGCAGCCAGGACUGGGACAUUAUGGAGUCCACCAAAAUGUGA